ACGUUCGUGUACUUCGUGCGGUUGGCUUGGAAAAUCACCGAAAACUGAACACACAACUCCUCGAAAACAGUCUCCCCCACCGGCCCAGGAAUACACCACCUGAACAUCCCCCCCUUCCGGCAAACAAUAAAAAGCGGCCUAGCCUUGUGGAUACAAUAUUUUUGCCGUUUUGACUGAAAUUGGUUUGAACAAGAAAUCGAAACUUAAACAACAAAAUGAUGUCCUUCAAGGCGUUCAUGUUGCUUAGCUUAACCCUCGCUGCCAUCAGUGCCUAUGUCUACGCCCAGAUCGCUCCUGGAUCCAAUGCGUACCUUCCGCCCACAAAGAACGGAUACGAUUACGCCGAGCCCAACACCCCUUUCAAACCCAGCCCACCUGGCAGGCCUGCGCCCGGACCCCGCCCACCUGCACCACCUGGCACGCCCCGUAACAUUCCCGGCCAGCCAGCCGAUGACCAUGUCCAUGUGCCCGGCAUGCCGUACGACUUCGAGUACGCUGUCCAGGAUCCGGAGACUGCCAACGACUACGCGCACAAGGCGUCCAGCGAUGGUGAUGUCGUGACUGGAGAAUACCGCGUCCAAAUGCCCGACGGCAGGACCCAGAUCGUCCGCUACACCGCCGACUGGAAGACGGGCUACCAUGCGGACGUCACCUACGAGGGCGAGGCCCAGUUCCCCCAGGGACCGCAGCCGGGUGCCCGAGGCGGCGGCGGCGGUGGGGCCGGUGGUUACAAGUACUAGGCUUGGGUGGUGCUUCGACUGGGUCAGCUGGGGUCACAUACUUUGCGCAACGUGUAAGCCUUACGAUAUACCAAUAAAAAGUAUUGAUAAACUAAA